GGUCAUUGUCGUGGGAGAAGGAGGAAUGAAAGUUUAAAAUUGUAUUUAUUUAAUUUUAAUUUUUUAUUAUAUUUGUUUUACGGCACAAUGGAUUCCAUUAUAAAUGCGUAUAAAUAUAUAAAUGAAGACUUGGCAAGUCCGGUCACAAAAGAUUGGUUUCUAGUAUCUACACCAUGGCCCGUUUUAGGAAUCGUUGCGUGCUAUUUAUUCUUUUGCACGAGACUCGGCCCUUACUUCAUGAGUAACAAAGAGCCAUAUGAAUUGAAGACGGCUAUAAAAUUAUACAAUAUAUUCCAAGUGCUAAUUAGCUCGUUUUUAGUUUAUGAGGGUUUCAUAUAUGUAUCUCACCAGGAUUAUGACUUCAAAUGCCAGGCACCUGAUGAUGUCGACUCUCCUAGAAGUCAUAGGAUAGCAAGAAACAUCUACAUAUACUUCGCGUUAAAACUAAUCGAGCUUCUAGAUACAAUAUUCUUCGUGCUCCGAAAAUCGUACAGACAAGUAUCUUCACUGCAUUUACAUCACCACAGUUUGAUGCCCAUGGCCUCGUGGAUAGCUAUUAAGUAUAUUCCAGGUGGUCAAUGUGUACUAGUAGGAUGGGUGAACAGUUUCGUCCACGUGAUAAUGUACGGUUACUAUCUAAUAUCUGGAAUGGGGCCGCAGUACAAAAAGUACUUGUGGUGGAAGAAAUAUGUGACCGUUUUGCAAUUGGUGCAGUUCGCGUUCAUCUUCUGCCACAGUAUUAGAAGCCUGUUCUACCCAUGUGGUUAUCCGACUGCGAUCAAAUAUCUAACAGUAAUGUACUCCAUAGUAUUCAUGAACAUGUUUGGUCAAUUCUACUACCAAAGCUACGUGAAACCCAAGAAACAGGCCAAGAAAAGCGAUAAGAACGGAGUGAAAAACGGUGUAAAGAAAUCACGGGUGGACUAGGCUGAUUAAAUUGUAAAUAAACUAUUAAAAUGU